AUGGAGGAGGAAGUCGCAGCUCUCGUCAUCGACAAUGGUUCGGGUAUGUGCAAGGCCGGUUUCGCCGGUGACGAUGCUCCUCGAGCUGUUUUCCCUUCCAUUGUCGGUCGUCCUCGCCACCAUGGUAUCAUGAUUGGUAUGGGUCAGAAGGACUCGUAUGUCGGUGAUGAGGCGCAGUCCAAGCGUGGUAUCCUGACCCUGCGGUACCCCAUUGAGCACGGUGUCGUCACCAACUGGGACGACAUGGAGAAGAUCUGGCACCACACCUUCUACAACGAGCUCCGUGUCGCUCCUGAGGAGCACCCGGUCCUCCUGACUGAGGCUCCCAUCAACCCCAAGUCCAACCGAGAGAAGAUGACCCAGAUCGUCUUCGAGACGUUCAACGCCCCCGCCUUCUACGUCUCCAUCCAGGCCGUCCUGUCCCUGUACGCCUCUGGUCGUACCACCGGUAUCGUGCUCGACUCCGGCGAUGGUGUCACCCACGUUGUCCCCAUCUACGAGGGUUUCGCUCUGCCCCACGCCAUUGCCCGUGUCGACAUGGCUGGUCGUGACUUGACCGACUACCUCAUGAAGAUCCUGGCUGAGCGUGGCUACUCCUUCUCCACCACCGCCGAGCGAGAAAUCGUCCGUGACAUCAAGGAGAAGCUCUGCUACGUCGCCCUCGACUUCGAGCAGGAGAUCCAGACCGCUGCCCAGUCCUCCAGCCUCGAGAAGUCCUACGAGCUUCCCGACGGUCAGGUCAUCACCAUCGGAAACGAGCGCUUCCGCGCUCCCGAGGCUCUGUUCCAGCCUUCUGUGCUGGGUCUUGAGAGCGGUGGUAUCCACGUCACCACUUUCAACUCCAUCAUGAAGUGUGAUGUCGAUGUCCGUAAGGACCUGUACGGCAACAUUGUCAUGUCUGGUGGUACCACCAUGUACCCUGGUCUGUCCGACCGUAUGCAGAAGGAGAUCACUGCUCUUGCACCAUCCUCCAUGAAGGUCAAGAUCAUCGCUCCCCCCGAGCGAAAGUACUCCGUCUGGAUCGGUGGUUCCAUUCUGGCCUCUCUGUCCACCUUCCAGCAGAUGUGGAUCUCCAAGCAGGAGUACGACGAGAGCGGUCCCUCCAUCGUCCACCGCAAGUGCUUCUAA